UUGUAGGUCAUAAAACAAAGUGAUGUUCGGCGCCUCUCAGUAAGAGCAUACUAAUACACAGAUAUUCAAUUAUAAUCAUCAAUUAUUCAAGUCUAUAGGACAUCAUAGACCUUUUUCACAGCAGUCAUUUUGACAUGAAGCAGUAGGGUCAACUCAGGUGUUACCAAUGAUACAAAUUAAGGUUCAGUUCCAUUUAUUGCAGCAGAGACUUUCCAGGGAAAAACAACCUGUUUCGGCCUGAGGCAACUGUUCAGAAAGACAAACGGUUAAAACGUACCAUGGUCUGAAUGUUUGUAGUUUUUAAUUGAUGUGUGACUUAAAUGAUCACUGACUAAGAUUUGGUUGAUUGACACACACACACACACACACACAUUUCAUGGGCUUUUCCAAACAUUUCAUUUGCAUAAAUAUUGAAAACUUGAAGAAAACGUUCAUGCAAACUUAUGCAAAUUAGCUUGAACUCAUGAACCUUUAGGAGGAAAACAGGAGAAAAGUGUGUCAUGUUUCCUCAAAUUAUGUUCAACGGUUAUUCUGGUUUUUACUGAGGUGUUCUGACCGUCUAGAGAACACAAAAAGUCAUUUUUACUAGCUGUUAAACACUCCACUCAUGCAGAUAGCUUUGUAAAAGACAAAUAAUCAGAUAGAUGAAGGCAGGAAAAGAAACAGAACAGUUCAUGGGGCUAUGUAUUACUUUGCUAAUAUUAUUGUAUUAGGUGUGAGGUAAAGAUAAGCAUACAGUUGGUAGCACUCCGUCCAGUAUAAAUAGGUGGAUGUGCAGACAGGAUUCAUGACAGAGCCCAGGGGAGAAGGAGGAGGAAGGAGAAGGCAGGCCUGAACAGACCAGUGGAAACAGGUGAAAUCACAAAGUCAGGAAAUAAGUGAAGCUGAUAACGGAAAGACACACUAACACUGUGGAUAUCUGCGUCCAAAAAACACUUCUCAUUCCCUGAUCUGCUGCAGAUUCACAAUUCUUCACCACGUCAUGAUGUGUUCAUUUCACACACUGUAAGACAAAGAGAGAAAGACGGGGGCAGGGAGAGGACGACAGACAUGUCACCAGGAGGAAUUAAAGGCCAGAGGAGAGAGAAAGAGUUAGACAGGGACGGCCAUUUCUUCCAGUUCAUCCAAAAAGACAUUGGACAAGACAAGUUGGAAGCACACUAUGUCCUGUAUGUAUACACACAAACGUUUAAUUGCAACCAGGGUGGCAUGCCAGGAUAGAAACACCCACAGACAAAAGUAAAAGUGAACAGACAUACAGUACUUUUGGCCUAAACCCAGCAAACACAUCAAAACAAACAGUGUUCUGUCAGUUGGUGAAUGGCUCAAUCCAUGUGGAAGUGAGGCUGAGCAGAUCUCAAUUAGACGAGGGGAGAGCGAAGGGGGUGAAGAUAUGAAUGUGAAGUAAGUCAGUUAUUAGUAAUGGUUUGGAUGACACUAUAGGCUCUAGUGUGUGUGUGUGUGUGUGUGUGUGUGUUGGUUGAACAGGGGCGGGGUGGUUUUGACAAAACUGCAGUAAUCUCCCUCCAGCUCGCUCCUCUUCAUGUAUCUGGGGCGUGUACAGCCGUUAUAAAACCAAACUCCCAGUCCUGCAACUCCUGCAGCUCCGGUCUGGAUUUGCAGUCAGGGGACACUCAUCAUCAUCAGUCAAAGCAGCUCUCCCUCCCUCUCUCUCUCUCUCUGACCCUCCCUCAGACUCCCCCACAUCCUCUCUCCCUCUCUGUCCGUCUCUCUAAAACAAGCUCAGCAUCUCGUUUCUUUCCUCUUCUUGUCACACGGUAAUCAUGUCCGCAAACGGCGCAGACGGGGACCUGCUGCAGAUCCCUCUGGGGCUCAUCAACAGCGCCGGGAAGUAUCUGACGGCGGAGACUUUCGGCUUUAAAAUCAACGCCUCGGCCAGCAGCCUGAAGAAGAAGCAGACCUGGACCUUGGAGCAGACAGGAGAGGACGGCAGCGCCGUGUUCCUCCUCUCCCACCUGGGCCGCUACCUCGCCACGGACAAAGACGGCAACGUUACCGCGGACAGCGAGACGCGCGGCCGGGACUGCCGCUUCGUCAUCACCGCGCAUGAGGACGGGCGGUGGUCUCUGCAGUCCGAGCCUUAUGGUCGGUACCUCGGCGGGAGCGAAGACCGGAUCACCUGCUUUGCGCAAACUGCUUCACCGGCGGAGAAGUGGAGCGUGCACCUGGCUGUGCAUCCGCAGGUCAACCUGUACAGCUUUGCGCGUAAACGCUUCGCCCACCUGAGCGCACAGGGGGAGGAGGUGUCAAUAAACCGGGACAUCCCGUGGGGUGUCGACUCACUUGUGACACUGGUCUACCGUGACCAGCGCUAUCACCUUGAGACCUCUGACAACCGUUUCCUCCGCAAUGAUGGCACCUUGUCCACAAAAACGGACAAGGACACCGGCUACAUGCUGGAGUUCCUGUCCGGAAAAGUGGCAUUCCGCGACUGCAACGGCCGCUACCUGGCCCCCGUAGGCCCCACUGGCACAAUGAAGUCUGGGAAAAGCACCCGGGUUGGGAAGGAUGAACUGUUUGGCCUGGAGCGCAGCCACGCGCAGGUCGUGCUGACUGCAGGCAACGAGAGAAACGUCUCCACGAGGCAAGGCAUGGACCUGUCGGCCAAUCAGAGCGAGGAAGGGGACCAGGAAGUCUUCCAGAUGGAGAUGAGCCGUGAAGACAGGAAGUGUGCCUUCAGAACCUCGGCUGGAAAAUACUGGACUCUGACAGCAAGUGGAGGAUUGCAGUCCACUGCCUCCACCAAGUCUGCCAACACUUUGUUUGAACUGGAGUGGCGUGAUGGUCGCGUGUGUGUGCGUGCAGCUAAUGGCAAAUAUGUGAUCGCUAAGAAGAACGGCCAGCUCGCUGCAACUGUUGACAAUGCAGGGGAGGCUGAACAGUUCUUGAUGAAGCUGAUCAACCGUCCAAUCAUCGUCCUUCGUGGGGAGCAUGGUUUCAUCGGGGCUCGUAAGGCCGGAAUAGCGACCCUGGACUCAAACCGAGCAUCAUAUGAUGUUUUCCAGCUGGAGUUUAACAAUGGAGCGUACUCCCUGAAGGACUCCCAGGGGAAGUAUUGGUGUGUUGGAGACGACACGGCCGUGGUGUGCAGCAGCUCCCCGCCUGCUCAGUUCCUGUUUGAGUUCUGUGACCUGAACAAGAUGGCCAUUUUUGCUCUGGGGGGGAAGUACCUUAAAGGAGACCAUGCUGGAGGGCUCAAGGCCAGCGCUGACUCCCUGGAUAGCGCCACCCUCUGGGAAUACUAAGAAAUCACAGCCAGACUCCUCCCCUGUCUGACACAUUGCUUCAAACUAUUGAUAGAUAAAGUAGGUAGCUGGGUUUUGUUUUUUGUUUUUUUUUUGCAUAUGUGUGUGUGCCUGUGUGUGUGCGUGUGUGUGUAAUUGUGAUUUUGUCUGGAUGGAUGUGUGGUGGAAAUCGAAGCUGAUAACUGGAAGUCACCAAAGCACUACAGGUGUUUUUUUUAUUAUUAUUAUUUUCUUUCUCAAUCAUUUCUCUCUUCUUACUGGGCUUUUUACUGAAGAUUUGGGAUUACAAUGACUUGUGUUGUUUAAUGAAUGAAUAAUAGUGUGGUUUGCACAUUGUCGGUUUCACUUCCAGUCAAAUUUACACAAGCUGUUACCUGAUAAACAUCAGGAUGAUUACUGUUAUUAGUGGUGCCUAUCUGUGUUAACUACUGGUGUAAACGAGCAUGUAGAGUGCUAUAACACAUAACUUACAAUAUCUAACCUUCUUCUAAAUGUCCCGCUGGCUCUAUUGCGCUGCUUUCAUCUCAUGCUCUCUGCCUAACACACACAAAUGGAUGGUGAUUUACAUGUUUCUGCUGUAAAUAUAGCUUUCUUUGUCACUAAAUGCUACAAAAACAUAGUAAGCAUUGAAACUUUACAUGCAAAUGCGUGCCAAGGCUGUGAAGAAAGAAAUGGGAUGAGGCAAUAUAACACGUUCUUCGCUUGUAGGCUUCUUACUGCACCUCCCUAGUUUUCCUUUCUCACUCUUAGAUGUGCAGGCUGACAGAAUCUGUAUAUAGACAGACACAUAGACAAAAAGUUGUUUUUCCUUUUGAGGCUAUAAUUCACUCAGUUCUUUCUGGAUCCUCAGAUUAGUGUAACAAACGAAAGGACGAGUGAAAGGAGCUUUCUUAAUAUGAUCAUCCUUACUGUUAAAGGAGUGGUGGGUACAAGGCGAAAAACCUUCAAAUGCACAUAAAUGCAUACAGAUAUGCAGUCAUAGAUGCACACAUUCCAACUAAAUCUGCACAAUAAUGUAGUGUCCAACUGCAAAGAAGUUAAAAGCACAUGUUUGUUGUAAAGAAAUGUCUGCCUUACAUCGGGUGCUGCUGCUGGUGUGUAAACACAAAGGAGUCUGUUGUUGUGGCUGUGCCUUCCAUAGAGCAUUUCAGUCUUUUUCAUGUUCUUACAUUUGAACUGGACAGAGUAAAAAAAAGAAAAAAAAGAAA